UUUUAACACACAGCCGUAUCGGACAGCGUCUCUGGCACGUGGGCUUUAUGAGCUCUCUAACGGGACGAGCUGAGGCGCUCACUAAUCCGCGUCUUACAACAUCGACAACCACCAGCCCUUCAAACUUAAAUUUCCAUCCAAACCCCAACGACAACAGCAGGCAGUCAUGACCAUAGACGCGCCAGUUAUUCUGUCCGCACUUUUCUUUACGAUUAUUGCCAUCAUAGUUGCAUCGGCGUUCCUGGCGAAGAAACCUGCGCAAAAGAAAGACCAGAAACAGAAACAGCACGAGGAGAGACCGGAGCGGGCUGCUGAAUAUCACCAGCCCAGAGUAGAGCAACCAGCUCCUGCUCCUGCUCCUGCACAGAAGGAGGUGAUUAUUGAAAAGAAAAGAGAAGAAGCCGUUCCUGUCGUAGAAGCUGAAGUCACCCCGGUGCAACAAACACCUGGACAGGCAGAGGUGAAGGCUGAAGAGGAGAUAGCUGUUGAGCCGAAAAAGGAAGAGCCUGCUGCAGUCGCGCCUGUAAUUGAGGAAGUUGGUGUUGUAGAGGAACAGCCCGCAGUUGAACCUGAGGCCAUCCCUGUGCAAGACACACCUGUCCAGGCAACCCCAGAGCCUGAGCCCGAGCCUGUACCUGAAGAAGUCAUACCAUCAGCACCUGUAGAAGAGCCCAAUCCUGUGCAGGAGCCAGUGCCUGAGCAAGUACCCAACUCGUCACCAGAACCAGUGGCUGAACCAGUGAAGGAGUCUGUCUCAGAACCAGUGAAGGAGUCUGUCUCAGAACCAGUGAAGGAGUCUGUCUCAGAACCAGUGAAGGAGUCUGUCUCAGAACCAGUGAAGGAGUCUGUCUCAGAACCAGUGAAGGAGUCUGUCUCAGAACCAGUGAAGGAGUCUGUCCCAGAACCAGUGAAGGAGUCUGUCCCAGAACCAGUGAAGGAGUCUGUCCCAGAACCAGUGCCUGAACUAGUCCCAGAGGUGCCCAUCCAUGAACCAGCAUCUGAACCCACCCCAGAACCAGCAUCUGAACCCACCCCAGAACCACUUUCUGUACCAACCCCUGAAACAGAGCCUGCACCCAUCGCAGAGCAACUAUCCGCACCAGCCCCCGAAGCAGUGCCUGUGCCCAUCCCCGAGACCUCACCAGUAGCUGAAUCCCUUCCAGAAGUCCUACAGAAUACUGAUGUUGCAGCUGCUUUAGUAACAGAUGAGGUCGAGCCCUCUGCAGCCCUCCCAGAUAAUAAGAGGACCACCAAGUUUGAGAAGAGAAUGACCGAGGAGGAGAUGGACGAGGAACAAAGGAUAGAGUUCACAAAUGACUUUACAGCUCUUUAAACAACACCAGGCAGUAUGCCUGUGUCAGGCCACUGAGAUGCUGAGUAAGCAGAAGUCGACGCAUGUGGGGGGAAAAUGUGCUCCCUCCAAUGAACCUUGAGGACCUUCAGGGACGGAAAAUUACCAUUGUGCUUUUAGUCUUUUUUCCCCCUUUGUCUUCUGUCUGUGAAUAACUUCUUAACGCAAAAUGCCAAAGAACAUAAGAUUAUUUUAUUUUAUAUAUAUAUAUAUAUGAAUAUAUUCUAUAACAUGGCUAUUAAAACAGUAAGUACAUAUUUAAUCCACUCUGAGCUAGAUUUAAUUAUCACUGUGAUGUUACAGUUUACAUUAAGUUUGUGUUUUGGAAACUCUCUUGUAAAGGAAAGGAGGGAUAAUGGUGAACCAGUGAUUCUGAUUUCUUUUAUUUGAUUUGUGAUUAUUUUUUUUAUAUGACAUGAAAUAAUCUUGUGCCUUUGAGCAUAAUGUGUUCUUUAGUCAGCCAAUCAGCAUUCAGGCUCAUUUUCUGUCUAUCCUGCUCUUCUGAAAUACCAUCGCGCCCCCUUGUGGUCACACAUGUACAUGAUGAAAUUUAGACACCAUGUGGAUUUUGUUGUUGUUUUUGGAUGUUAUGUAAAAAAAUAAAUAAAAUAGGUGGUUCUCAUCAAACAUUUUAUGAGUGACAUUUCAUGCCAGAAUCAGAAGAGAAUGGAAAAUUCUACUAUUUGCAUAAAGAAAAAUAAAGCUUAUUUUUAGAACUUUUAUGAUUUUUUUUUUUUUUUUUUUUUUGGCAUUCUGAAAAAAUCUAUAUUUUACUGAUAUAUGAUAAAUGUUAUUAUUGGUAAUACGACAAAUGCCACCAUGUGUGAAUGCUUUUUUUCUGCAUUAUUUUAAAGAGAAUAUCAUUUAGAUUUUUCAGUGAAAUGUGACUCGUGAGGUUUCGUGAGAUUCACCCUAAUGGCUUUUGUGAUAUCAAUAAAGAGCCAAAUUUGA